GUAGGGUCGGGGGCGGGGCGGUUGACGGUUGUGGGCGGGGCGGCGGCGGUUACCCCCUCCUUGGCUCCCCCCUCACCCCUGAGGCGGAAAAAGCAGAUGGAGGAUCGCAGAGACAGCGAAGGGAAGGGCUUCUUCACGAGGGCCUGACGGGGAUCAGGCAGGGCGAGGGCGUGGAUUGAGGGGUGGGGCAGUGAGGAAAGAAGGGGGGCUGAGAUAGAGGCCUGGGCCACCCCUACAGUCAGUCCCUUCCCACCCCCUGCGAGGAGACCCAGAUCUUCUCCUGGGGGGCAGUCACAUUCCUUCCCCAGGUCACUGAGCCUUUUGAGGGGAUCCCUCCCAAAAAGGGGAACCCCAUUUAUCCGCCUCUCUCUGUUUACAUUAAUUUAAAAUCUGUUUUGCAUUCAUCUGUUUUUCUUAACUUAAUUUGGGAGGGGGGGGUGUGUAACAGUGGAGAUGGAUUUCGGGGGAGGGGAGCCUUCUGUCCCUGUGAUGGUGCUGCUCCUCUCAUAAACUGAUGGGUUCCUGAAGCCAAAGGCCAGGGAGGGCAUUAUCGUCCUACUCUUUGUGAGAGAGGGGGGAACUAUUUAAAUAAAAUAUAUAGAUAUAUAUUUACCCAAAUGGAGGAGGCAGGGCCUUAUGUGACCGUGACAUGAGGUGACAGGGUAGAGGGGUGUGUGGAGAAAAAGCCAAACGCCAAGAGCCAAAUAAUCCCAGAAAUCUCCGGCAGCUGCUAUGGCAUCAGAAGAGGCCUCAUUACGAGCCCUGGAGAAUCUAAUGACCGAGUUUUUCCACAACUGCACAACCAAUGAAAGAAAGCGUGAGAUCGAGGAGCUCCUAAAUAACUUUGCCCAGCAGAUCGGCGCCUGGAGGUUCUGCAUCUAUUUCCUGUCGAGCACAAGAAACGACUAUGUUAUGAUGUACAGUUUGACGGUGUUUGAGAACCUGAUCAACAAGAUGUGGCUCGGGGUCCCGUCGCAAGACAAGAUGGAGAUUCGCAGCUGCCUGCCCAAGCUGCUCUUGGCGCACCACAAAACCCUGCCUUACUUCAUCAGGAACAAGCUUUGCAAAGUUAUCGUGGAUAUUGGCCGGCAAGACUGGCCCAUGUUCUAUCAUGACUUCUUCACCAACAUCUUGCAGUUGAUCCAAUCCCCCGUGACCACACCGCUCGGGUUGAUCAUGCUGAAGACGACGUCGGAAGAGCUGGCGUGCCCACGGGAGGAUCUCAGCAUAGCCCGGAAAGAAGAAUUGCGGAAGUUGCUCCUGGAUCAGGUCCAGACAGUGCUCGGCCUUCUUACAGGUAUCUUGGAGAGCAUCUGGGACAAAUACAGCGUUACUGCCGCCACUCCACCACCAUCCCCGACGUCGGGAGAAAGUGGAGACCUUUUAAGUAGCCUGCUGCGGAGUCCCAGCACAGCCAAACUGCUGAACCAGCCAAUCCCCGUCCUGGACGCGGAAAGUGAGCACGUCUGCUCCCUGGCCCUGGAGUGCCUGGCCCACCUCUUCAGCUGGAUCCCCCUUUCCGCCAGCAUCACCCCAUCCCUCCUCACCACCAUCUUCCACUUCGCCCGCUUCGGCUGCCACACCCGAGCCCGCAAGACGCUCUCCCUCAACGGUAGCAGCCAGAACUCUGUCUUGGGGCCGGAGCGGGGCCGGCUGGGGGUGCUGGCCAUGUCGUGCAUCAACGAGCUGAUGUCCAAGAACUGCGUGCCGGUGGAGUUCGAGGAGUACUUGCUGCGGAUGUUUCAGCAGACGUUCUACCUCCUGCAGAAGAUCACCAAGGAGAACAACGCCCACACGGUGAAGAGCCGGCUGGAGGAACUGGACGAGAGUUACAUAGAGAAGUUUACCGAUUUCCUGCGCCUCUUUGUGAGCGUCCACUUGCGGCGGAUCGAGUCCUACUCCCAGUUUCCUGUGGUUGAAUUCCUGGCCCUGCUGUUCAAGUACACUUUUCACCAGCCGACCCACGAGGGUUACUUUUCCUGCUUAGACAUUUGGGCGCUCUUCCUGGAUUACUUGACCAGCAAGAUCAAGAGUCGCCUGGCCGACAAGGAAGCAGUCCUCAACAGGUACGAAGAUGCUCUGGUGCUGCUGCUGACGGAGGUGUUGAAUCGGAUCCAGUUCAGGUACAACCAGGCCCAGUUGGAAGAGCUGGACGACGAGACGCUGGAUGACGACCUGCAGACAGAGUGGCAGCGGUACUUACGCCAGAGCUUGGAGGUUGUGGCCAAAGUGAUGGAGCUUCUGCCAACCCAUGCCUUCUCCACCCUGUUUCCGGUGCUCCAGGAAAACUUGGAUGUCUACCUGGGAUUGCAGCAGUUCAUUGUAACGUCGGGGACAGGCCACCGAUUGAACAUCACAGCUGAGAACGACUGUCGCCGUCUCCACUGCUCCUUGCGCGACUUGAGCUCCCUGCUCCAGGCUGUCGGCCGCCUGGCCGAGUACUUCACCGGAGACAUGUUUGCCGCCCGGUUCCGAGAUGCUCUGACGGUCGUGGAAAGGUUAGUCAAGGUUACCCUCUAUGGGUCCCAGGUCAAGCUGUACAACAUUGAAACUGCUGUGCCAUCGGUGCUGAAGCCCGACCUCAUUGAUGUGCACGCCCAGUCGCUGGCCGCUCUGCAAGCGUACUGUCACUGGCUAGCUCAGUUCUAUGGUGAAGUCCAUCGGCAGAAUCCGGAGCAGUUUGUCUCUCUUGUCUCCACCUCCCUGGAAGCCAUCACUCCGCUCAUCAGCUCCAAGGUGCAAGAGAAGCUGCUGCUCUCGGCUUGCCACUUGCUCGUCUCUUUGGCCACCACAGUGAGGCCCGUGUUCCUGAUUCGCAUCCCAGCCAUCCAGAAAAUGUUCAACAGGAUCACUGAUAGCUCUGCGCAGCGCCUGCCUGAGAAGGCUCAGAUACUGGUGUGCAGAGCGCUGUCGAAUAUCCUGCUGCUGCCGUGGCCAAACCUGCCUGAGAACGAACAGCAGUGGCCGAUGCGCUCCACCAACCACGCCAGCCUGGUAUUGGCCCUCACCAGGAAUUACCGCGCCCUGAAGACUAGCGCCAUCUUGCCUCAGAGGAAAGUGCAGCAGGAGGACGCCAAGGUGGUGAUCCAUCAGACGCUUAGCAUCUUGGAAGACAUGGUAGAGAGCAUCUCCGGAGAAGCCACCAAGUCCCGCCACAUCUGUUACCAGUCGCUGCAGGAGUCGGUGCAGGUCUCGCUUGCCCUCUUCCCCACCUUCAUUCAUCAGUCAGACGUGACGGACAAGAUGCUGAGCUUCUUCCUCACCCUCUUCCAAGGGCUGCGAGUGCAGAUGGGCGUCCCUUUCACCGAGCAGGUCAUCCAGACGUUCCUCAACAUGUUCACCAGAGAGCAGCUGGCGGAGAGCAUCCUCCACGACGGGAGCACCGGCUGCCGAGUGGUGGAGAAGUUCCUGAAGAUCCUCCAGCUGGUGGUGCAGGAGCCGGGCCAAGUCUUCAAGCCCUUCCUGCCCAGCAUCAUCUCGCUCUCCAUGGAGCAGGUCUACCCAAUCGUGGCAGAGUCCUCCCCAGAUGUGAAAGCGGAGCUGUUUGAGCUGCUCUUCCGAAUCCUGCACCACAACUGGCGGCACUUCUUCAAGUCCAGCGUCCUGGCCAGUGUCCAGAGAGGGGUCGCCGACGAUCACAUGGACAACGAGCCACAAUUCCGUGCCAUUAUGCAGGCUUUCGGCCAGUCCUUCCUGCAACCUGAUAUCCAUCUGUUCAAGCAGAACCUGUUCUUCUUGGAGACGCUGAACACCAAACAGAAGCUAUACCACAAGAAGGUCUUCCGGACGACCAUGCUGUUCCAGUUUGUCAAUGUGCUGCUUCAGGUGCUGGUGCACAAGUCACACGACCUCUUGCAGGAAGAAAUUGGCAUCGCUGUCUACAACAUGGCCUCGGUGGACCUCUCGAGCACAGCCUUCUACGGCGACGCUUUUGCCGGGGUUUCUGGCUGACGCUUUGCUACGCGAUUAAUGUCGACGCCAACCAGAAAAAGAAGAUGCAAGGUCCUUAGGGAGGAACUUCAAAAUGGACAGGGACCUGCCAUCCUUCACCCAGAGCGUGCACAGGCUGGUGAACGACCUGCGUUACUACAGACUCUGCAACGAUAGCUUGCCUCCAGGGACCGUGAAACUAUAGUCCCUGGCGUGAGAACUGCGACUCCAGUUGGCGUUGAGAGCAGACCUGUCGUCUCUGUGUCGCUGUGGCCUCUGUUCCCUGAAGUUGCCAGUCCCCACAGGGCGCAGGGUCUUGCACGGGGGCUGCGCAUCGGAGCUGCACACUGCGCAUCGGAGCUGCCCACGCGCCCCCUUUCCUGUCCUCCCCCACCCCUUUCUCGGUUAUCCCCACGGCUCAGUCAACAGCUCCUUUUUCCUGCAGGGUGUCUUAAGGCCAAUCGCGGGCUGUUUCACCCGCUGGGCGCUCUUGUCUUAAUCCCACCCCCACCCCCCCCAGCAUUUGGUCACGUCGGCAGGUUUCAGUGGCUGGUUUUGUGCGCCAAUCAUGAGACAGGAAGGUCAAAAACUACUUCGGAUGUUCCCACCUUCGCAUCAUUCCGCUUGCCUUCCUUUUCCCCUCCCUGCCGUUGGGGGAGGGUUGCCCCAUUCCCACCCCCACCCCUUGUUGGUUUCAAAUUGCCUUGAAGCCCCCCUGCUGUUGGUGGGGGGUUAGAGAGAGACUUUGGGGUUUGUUUUUUUAAAUCUACAUUUUUCUCAUCAUUCCAUUGUGAUACUAAAAUGUGCUUAAUGGAAAUUAAAAGUGCUUACUUUGUUGUUUUAA